CUCUCAGCUCACCGUACCACUGCCUUGGAAUCCCCGGCCAUUCACCUGGAUUUAGGGUUCUCCGUCUCACCAACGCCACCACGCCGAUCGCAUUAUUUGUUGUAGAAUGGCGGCAGAUACACUGCACCACCCCACAUUAAAAUGUGCUAUACGCGGCAAACCGUCAACUUCAACAGUGCAAUUUCGGAACCUCAAAUACGCAACGAUACCUGGAAGAUGGGAGGACUCGGUGAUCAAUGAGGAAUUGAGCAGCAAUACAGAUGGCGUAUAUGAUGCAACUCAGCUCGGCCCAUCCUGUCCCUUCAACCGCGCGGCGCAGGCAUGGGAUCUCACUCUCGUCGGGGACGUCAUUAUGCCAAUGGAAGGGGGAAUCCAAGAACCCAUGGACGAAUUUUCAUGUCUGCAACUUAACGUCACCGUACCGAAGACCCAUCUUGAAAACGCGGCUCGAGGCGAGCAACUACCCGUGUUCGUCUGGGUGCACGGUGGCGGCUUGAGCUUCGGCAGCAACAACUGGCCCCAAUACGACCUUACGCGGUUCGUGGAGCGCAGCGUGGAGAUUGGAAAGCCAGUUAUCAGCGUCGCGAUCAACUACCGCGUCGGAAUUUUGGGCUUUCUGGCGAGCAAGGAGUUAGAUAUCGAUGGCAACUUUGGAUACAAAGAUCAGGUAUUGGCGUUUCAAUGGAUCAAGAAACAUAUCGCCGGCUUUGGUGGCGAUCCGAAUCGGAUCACAGCCUCGGGAGAGUCUGCUGGUGCAAUCUCGCUGUCGACGCUGCUCUGCGUGGAUACUGGGGGCGAAGCACUGUUCGAGAAAGUUGUGAUUAUGAGCGGAGACGCGACUUUACGGAAGUCAAGAGUCAGGUCCUGGCACGACAUGAUGUACCAAGACCAGCUAAAGCUGCUUGGCCUUGACCAGGUGGAGGUAGAGAAGAGGAAGACACAACUUAGAGAACUGGAUCCUAUGGAGAUGGUCAACAAGCUCCCAAUAGCACAGCAUUACUGCGCCUGUGUCGAUGGCAAGUUCCUAAAAGAAAAUAUUUCAUUGGAACUAAUGUCCGAUGGCUCGCGAGAGUUGCACAAGCCGACUUGGUGCAAAGAAUUUGUGAUUGGCGACGUCCGGCACGAUGGCACCAUCCUUCACGGAAGAGUCCUCGCUCUCCCCAACGCUUUCGAAAACUUGAAAGCUUCCUGUGCAAAGCAUCUUACCGAGUCCGAGACCAACACCCUCCUAGCCGCAUACAGCCUGCCUGCCUCUACUCCGGAACAGGAACGCCGCAGCCUCAUCGACCUGAUUUCUGACUUGCGCUUCUACAUUCCUACCCUUGCUGCUCACUCAGGAUGGAAGUCCGCUUUUCCUGCCGAGCGCAGCUUCAGAUAUCAUUUUCACGUGCCUAAUCCAGUGAAGGGUGAAUUCACGGGGCUUGCUUCCCACGAAUUCGACGUGGCCUUGCUCCUCCAGAACUACGCGGAACACUUGGACAAGGCGACGAAUAAGGCAGGAACGCAAAUGACCGACCAUUGGAUCAAGUUUGUGACUGGUGAGCCUUGGGGGGAGUCCGGACAGAUAGUUGUCAUCGGCGCACACGAGAUUACUCAGAUGAGUGAGGAGCAGUACGAUCGCGACUACCGAGCGGGUAACGGGAAAGUGCUUCAGAGUCUGUGGUUGGACAAGUGCUUCAGAGUUGCAGAGGGCUGGCAGGGCGUACGCGCUGAAAUUGAAGAGAACGGCACAAACAGCAGGAUAUAACUGUAUAGUUGCAAUCCUCAAGUGACGGAUCAAACGUGAUUAACAUAGCGAAAGCUUGAGGGGUACAGGUGGACAUAUAUUGAAGUAAUUGCAGCAAACGCACAUAUCUUCUAACGGCAG